AUGGAAGAGCCUCUGGAAGAAAAAAAUGAUAGUUUGGAGCGUUCAAAAGAAGACUUGAAACCUAAAUUUUUUAUGGAGUUUGAUUCUGAGAUUGAUGCAUAUGACUUUUAUAACGAAUAUGCACAUAGUGAAGGUUUUAGCAUUAGAAGAGCUGCUUAUGCUGCAGAUAAACAAGGUGUACUCACUUCAAGAACAUUUGUUUGUUGUAAGGAAGGUUUGCGGAAGGCAGAUAAGAGAGACUAUUUGACGAGAAAUCCAAGAGGAGAGACAAGGACUAAUUGUGGAGCGAUUAUGGGGAUUAAGUUGGUAAGGCGUACUGGCAAGUAUUCUGUUUAUCGUUUCUCUGAAGAGCAUAACCAUCCUCUUAUCAGCCAAGAAUCUGUUCAUUUUAUGCCAUCUCAUCGAAAAAUCACAUCAUCAGAUGAAGCCUUUUUAGACUUGACAGCAAAUUCAGGUCUUUCGCCGAAGUCUGCAUUUGAAUUAAUGGGUCAACAAGUAGGUGGUAGAGAGUCACUGGGAUUUACUAAGGUAGACCAAAAGAAUUACCUUCGAACUGUCCGACAGAAAAAAAUGAAAUUUGGAGAAGUUGGUUAUCUGAUAGAAUAUUUUUCAAAGCAAAUGUUGGAAAAUCCUUCGUUCUUCUAUGAGAUGCAGUUAGACACUGAGGAACAAAUUACCAAUGUUUUUUGGGCUGAUGCUAAAAUGAUAAUGGAUUAUGGUAUAUUUGGUGAUGUGGUAAGUUUUGAUACAACUUACAAACUUAAUGAAGCAAAUCGACCAUUUGCGGUGUUUGUUGGAUUAAAUCAUCAUAGAGAGACUAUUAUUUUUGGAGUUGCUUUAAUGUACGACGAGACCGCAGCAUCUUUUAUAUGGUUGUUUGAAACCUUUUUAAAGGCAAUGUGUGGGAAGCCUCCACAAACCUUUUUCACUGAUCAAGAUGCAGCGAUAGCCAAGGCUGUAUUACAUGUGAUGCUAGGUACUUACCAUCGACUUUGUAUAUGGCAUUUGAUGCAAAAUGCUGUCAAGAAAGUUGGCUUCUUAUUCCGAGACCACGAUGAAGAAGAUGAAGGCAAUGUGUUCAACAAAUUUCUUUAUCAAAUUGAGGAAGAGGAUGAGUUCUUGAGUGCUUGGCAGUCCAUGCUUGAUGAGUACGAUGCACAUGAUGAUACUUGGGUAGCUGCAACAUUUGAAAUAAGAAAAAAAUGGGUGCAUGCAUAUGUGAAGUGGACAGGAAUGCAAACUACACAACUGAGUGAGAGCUUUAAUGCUAGUUUGAAGGGGUAUUUGAAAUCAGACCUACAAUUGCCUGAGUUUUUUACUCACUUUGUAAGAAUGGUAUUUGAUAAGCGGUAUAAGGAAAUGGAAGCUGGGUAUCAUUUGUUGUUCCGGAUUGUUCACUGCAAAAUGGAGGUAAGUAUCUUGAUACAUGCACGAGAAGUUUAUACCAAAGCCAUAUUUAAGGCAUUUCAAGCUCAGUUUGAAGACUCUUUAAAGUCUUCCAUAACGAAGUGUGUGUCCAAUGGUGAACAAUAUAUCUUCACCGUUGUUAGGGAUGGGUUCUUGAAGGAAAGGCUAGUAAAAAGAGAAGGUCAAUUUAUAGUAUCUUGCAGCUGUAGGAUGUUUGAAACUAUAGGUGUCUUGUGUAGACAUUGUAUCAAAAUGAUGACAGAAGGCAGAGAAACUACACUGAUAAAAAAGAUACCUGAACAAUAUAUCUUAAAGAGGUGGACAAAAAAUGCAAGGGUUGAUAAUGUUGUGCAAGACAUGCGUGGGCAUGAGAUUGUAGAGAAUCCAAGGCUGAAACAAACUUCUCGAUAUAGAAGUUUAUGUUCUAAGUUUGUUCGACUUGCAUCUAGAGCAUCUGAGAGUGAGAAGACAUAUGAGGCAAUAGAUAUGGAAGCUGAUAAGUUAGUAAAGAUGGUUGAAGAUAUGUUACGUGUAGAAAUAAAUGGUGAAAAAGAUGUGGAAGAUGAAGCCCCAAAUGUCUUGAUUGAUUGCUCUAAUAAUGUAACUGCUGUGAAUGCAAAGGGAUUUAAAAAGAGAGAAGCUACACAUCGUGGAAAACAUCGAGUAAAGGGGGGCUUUGAAGCUCUGUUAAGCAAAAACAAAAAUAAGCUCGUACAGGUCAAAUCACUAACUAUAAUUGAAGUCAUUAUUUACUUCUUGCUGAAUAUAAUCAUUAUUGAUGUCUAUGUAAUGAUAGGUAACUAA